CAUGCAGAAAUCCAGAUAUACAAUAGUGGUCCCGUAAAACAUAUCGCUUUUUUAAAGGUCCAUAAAGUUGCAAGUGGCACCAUGCAAAAUCUGUUCCUCCGUUUCGGUAUUGAACAUGACUUAGUGUUUGUUUUACCCCAACACGGUACCACAUUACCCAUGGGUACAGGCCUACCGAUCUCGUCAAGGGCCCUUCCACCACCCAGAAACAGAACGUACGACAUUCUCUGUAACCAUAUCCGCUACAACAGAAGUGAGUUUGAGAAAACUCUUCCCUCGGAUUCUGUGUACGUAGCCACAGUACGAGAUCCCUUCCGACAGUUCAUCUCGUCUGUUCAUUAUUACCACAGACAUUUCAUGUUAAAUAUCGCAAAACAACAACCAAUUCUUAAAUUCUUGCAAGCGCCGAACGAGUACAGACGUAUAAUUGGGGAAAAUAAAAAAGUAUCCAAUUUAUAUAAUUCUAUGGCUUGGGACUUUGGCUUUCCAUUCCAAUUGUUUGUCAAACCAGAUGAAAAACAGAUUCAAAAGUAUUUAAGAAAACUUGAUAAAGAAUUUGAUUUGGUUAUCGUUGUUGAGUAUUUUGAGGAAAGUUUGAUUUUAAUGAGAAGGUUACUGAAUUGGGACAUGAGGCAUAUAUUGUACGUAUCUAGUCAUGUACAAAAGCGACCGGAACCAUCUCUAGCCGUCGGAAAAGAGGAAGAAGAUCUUUACCGGAAAUGGUGUCUUCUAGAUUAUGCAUUGUUUGAUUUUUUUAAAAGGAAAUUUUUGAAACGUUGGCAGGAGGCUGUAAGCAAAAGUGAUGUUAUGGCAGAACUUCAAUAUUUUCGCGAAAUGAAAACGAAAGUGAACAAAUAUUGCCAAAAACAAUUGAAACCAUCGCCUUUACAUAUAAAACCGAGUGAAUGGCAUGCAGGUUUUAUUGUAGAUAGCCAGUAUUGUAAAAUCCGUCGAUAUGGGGAAGUGAAACAAAUAAAUAAUCUCCGGAACAAACAGUUACAGACAGCUCGUCAUGGUAACUAA